UGGAACACAAGAUGAUUUGACUUCAAGUGCCAUUCCCACCAACUUUCUCUGUAUCUAAUUUCAAAAUACACACAGACAGGAAGGGAGGAACGAAAUUACCCGUUCAUCGACGAGACGAUUUUUCGCCACUGACCGGAAUAAACAAGCGGGUGGAAAAUGACGAACAUACUACUUUUCAGCGUUUUUUGCUUAUUUCUGCGACCUGGGGAGGCUCAGUUCCCGCGAGCGUGCUGCACCGUGGAGGGGAUCCUGUCCAAGCAGUGCUGCCCUGCCUUGGGUUCCGAUCCUGCAAACGUAUGCGGCACCCUGACGGGGAGAGGAAACUGCACCGCAGUCCGGGUCGACACCAAACCUUGGGGAGGACCGUAUAGGCUCAGGAACGUCGAUGACCGGGAGAGGUGGCCCACCAAAUUCUUCAACCAGACUUGCAGGUGUAGUGGUAACUUUGCGGGCUACGACUGCGGGAGGUGCAAAUUUGGUUGGACCGGACCAAACUGCAACCAGAGAAAAGCUCCCGUCAUCCGAAAGGACAUCCACACGCUGACCUCUGUGGAGCUGCAGGAGUUCUUGGACGCCCUGCAACUGGCUAAAACCACCAUCCACCCAGAUUACAUGAUCGCCACGCAGCACUGGCUGGGCCUCCUGGGACCAAACGGAACCGAGCCCCAGUUUGCCAACAUCUCCAUCUACGACUUCUUCGUGUGGCAGCACUACUACUCUGUCCGAGAUACUCUACUUGGUCCCGGUCGCCCAUUCAAAGCCAUUGAUUUCUCACACAAAGGACCUGCGUUCAUCACCUGGCACAGGUACCACCUCCUCAGUUUGGAAAGAGACCUUCAGAGGUUGACCGGCAAUGAGAACUUUGCAGUCCCUUACUGGAACUUCGCCACGGGGCAAACCGAUUGCGACGUGUGCACAGACGCUCUGCUGGGAGGCCGAAACCCAGACAACCCCUCCCUCAUCAGUAACCAAUCCAGAUUCUCCAACUGGGGGGUGGUGUGUAACAGUUUGGAUGACUACAACCGCCUGGUGACGCUUUGCAACGGCACCAACGAGGGUUUGAUUCAGAGGGGGGCGAUGAGAGGCGCCAACAUGACUUUGCCCACCAUGAGCGAUGUUCGCAGCUGCCUCGGCAUCCGAGACUUUGACAGCCCUCCGUAUUUCACCAACUCUUCCUUCAGUUUUCGAAACGCCUUGGAAGGCUACGAUAAACCAGACGGCGAACUGGAUGAAACGGUCAAUAAUCUUCACAACCUGGUCCACGCCUUGCUUAACGGCACCAGCUCGUUGCCUCACUCCGCAGCCAACGACCCGAUCUUCCUGGUAGGGGUCGAAUUUCACAAGUUCCAACCAAAACGCGAACUCUCGGGUGUUUUGAAUUCUGAUUAUUUUCCCUUUCAGGUUCUCCACGCAUUCACUGAUGCCAUUUUCGACGAGUGGAUGAGGAGGUUCGUCCCAUCCAACGCCAGCUUCCCAGAUGAAAUGGCCCCCAUCGGUCACAACCGGGACUACAACAUGGUUCCGUUCUUUCCCCCAAUCACCAAUGAGGAGCUCUACAUUACAUCAGAGCAACUUGGGUAUUCCUACGCCGUUGCCUUUGAAGAUGCGGGAGGAUCGUCCGUGUUUGUGCUGGGAUCCACCCUCGGGGGAGUCUUCAUCGGGCUCAUGGCGCUCCUACUUAUCUUCGUGCUCUACCUACGACAGCGUAGAAACACGGGCUUUGAACCCCUGAUAAAAGCAGACUUCACACAUCGGAAGUACACAGAGGAAGCUUAGAUCCCUAUUGGGUUGCAGGGCCGCAGUGAAAUGAAACCCGUGUUAUCGAGGCCUGCACGAAACAAGGAAGUAUUAAUCGUGUCCAUCGGGAAUGGGGAACCUCAGUCAUCGGGGCUGUGUUUUAGGCCAGAAAGACCACUUGAUCCGGCGCUAAAAUAUUACCGGCAGAUAAAAUUGCAAUAAAUGCACCCUUGCCUGAUAGGAACAAGGUUCCCAAACCCUGUUGCAGAUCAAUGUCACAAAAUACUAAAAUCCAUAUUGUAAAUGUACUCACAAAUUGAUUUAGACGGUGUGAGAUCUGGGCCUGUUGAAUUGAACUAAAAGCUCUUAUUCUAUUGCAUAAAUGCCUAUGGUGGUGAUUUGCGCUUUCCGCCAUCUUUUGGAAGAACGUUUAAUUAUUCUGCCUGUCAACGUACAUCAGGGGUGUCAAACUCAUUUUUUUGUCGCGGGCCACAUUGUAGUUACGAUUUCUCUCGGAGGGCCGUUAUGAAAAUCUUUGGCCUCAUGAUAUUUACAGAUGAAAUUUAUGAACCAGUUUUGAACCAGAAUUCAAGCGGAAUGGAUUUUUCAAAUAUUGCUCAUGUUUGGUAACACAAAAAUGCUUGCAAUAUCUCAACUUUAUCAUGUAUGAUAUGACAAUUUGAAAUUUUGUUACAGAUUAUCACAAAAGUCAUGGAAAUUGAUAUACACGAUUCGCCUUCGCGGGCCACAUAAAACCACACAGCAGAGCAGAUCUGGCCCCCGGGCCUUGAGUUUGACACCUGUGACAUACAUCAUCGACUAUUUGGAAAAGAAGUUUGUCAUCCCAGUCACGACAAAUGAGAUGCUAUUGUAUUGUUUUUUUUUAACAAAUAUUUAUUCUUAAGAACAGUACAAAAAAAAACAUUGACUGCAAUCGGCUUUAGUUGCAUUGUAAGGCAUAUUUUCUCAUCUGCUUGAAAUCAAAUUCAAACCAAGUUCAUUUGAAAGUUUGUUCAUACAACAAUGCAGUGAUGGA